AUGCUCAAAAAGGAGCGCUCGCGCAGCUACGUUCACGUUUUUCACCUCCUGGUGCACGUAGGUAACGACGGACCGGUGGAGCGGAGGAGACUCGGCGUUUGGGCCCGGUCUGUGUGCGCGCGUGCGCGCGAGCACCGGGUGGCCUUCUGAAGCGCAGCAUCUUCCAGUAACCGCUCGCUCAAACUCGCUGUUUUCCGCUAUGGGCUAGGAGCAAAGGACGAAACAAAUCUACUGACUGGCAGCUCGGGCCCAUCCGCCUGCCAUGAACAUCGACGUGGAGUUUCACAUCCGCCAGAACUACCCGUGGUCCAAACUUCCCGGGAAUGUCAAGCAGAGUCUGGGGAACUCACAACGCGAGUAUGAAAAACAAGUUCUGCUUUACAGCAUCCGCAAUCAGUUGCGGUACAGAAACAACUUGGUGAGAUGUAUCAAAAAAGAUGAACGCAAGUACUAUGAAGAGCUGUUUAAAUAUAGCAGAGAACAUCUCAUGCUGUAUCCGUAUCAUUUAUCUGACAUUAUGGUAAAGGGACUACGGGUUACGCCUUUCUCCUAUUAUAUAGGAAUUAUGGAGGAUAUCAUGAACAGUGAAAAAAGUUAUGAUUCGUUACCAAACUUCACAGCUGCUGAUUGUCUAAGACUUUUGGGCAUUGGAAGGAACCAAUACAUUGACCUGAUGAACCAGUGUAGAUCAUCAAAAAAAUUUUUUAGGCGGAAAACGGCUCGUGACCUGUUACCAGUGAAACCUGUGGAGAUUACUAUUGAGCCAUGGUGGGUGGUGCAGGCUGGUUACAUCACAGAGGAUGAUAUCAAGAUUUGUUCAGGACCUGAGAAGACUGCUAUUGAUAAAAUCAUUGAUUCGGGACCUCAGCUGGCUGGAAUAUUGGAACACAAUGUGGUUCUAAGUUUAUAUAAUAAAGGCUUCAUUUACCUUGAUGUACCAAUAUCGGAUGACAGCUGCAUAGCAGUUCCCCCUUUAGAGGGCUUUGUGAUGAACCGGGUUCAAGGUGAUUACUUUGAAACACUUCUCUACAAGAUUUUUGUUUCUAUCGAUGAGCAAACCAAUGUUGCAGAGCUGGCGAACGUGCUGGAAAUAGAUUUGUCUCUUGUGAAGAAUGCAGUGUCAAUGUAUUGUCGACUGGGUUUUGCACACAGGAAGGGACAAGUGAUAAAUGCAGAGCAGCUUCACCCAACCUGGAGAAAUGUUCCAUCAGUCAACAGAUUAAAGUGUGCAAUGGAUCCACAGAAGAUGUUGCUCUCAUGGGACGGAGCUGAUAAUCAAAGUCCUGUACAUGACGUAGUAUCAACAGAUGUAGAUGCAGCCAGUCAAGAUGAUGCAGCUGACUCUGCCAGUGUGAACAGUUUGAGCAUGCCCAGUGGACAUACUAAGCGAAUUGCCUUCCUGUUUGACUCGACCCUUACAGCGUUCCUUAUGAUGGGAAAUCUUUCACCGAACCUUAAGAGCCAUGCUGUGACAAUGUUUGAAGUUGGAAAACUAUCAGAUGAAUCAUUAGACAGCUUCCUUAUGGAACUUGAAAAGGUUCAAAACACUGGUGAGGGAGAAGCCCAGAGAUAUUUUGAUCAUGCACUAACUUUGAGAAACACUAUACUCUUCCUGCGUCAUAAUAAGGAGCUGGUUACAGAUGAAGAGCAACCAAACAAUGGCUUUCCAUUAGAUCUGUUGCGUUGUGAGAGCUUGUUGGGAUUGGAUCCUGCCACCUGCAGCAGAGUCCUGAACAAAAAUUAUUCACUGUUAGUCUCAAUGGCACCGCUCAGCAAUGAAAUCCGGCCAGUUAGCAGCUGUACACCACAGCACAUAGGACCAGCCAUCCCAGAGGUUAGUUCAAUCUGGUUUAAACUUUACAUCUAUCAUAUUACUGGACAAGGACCCCCAUCAUUGCUACUUUCAAAAGGAUCGAGGCUCAGAAAACUUCCAGAUAUUUUUCAGGGCUAUGACCGGUUGCUUAUAACCUCUUGGGGACAUGAUCCUGGGGUUGUUCCCACUUCAAACGUGCUCAGCAUGUUGAAUGAUGCACUGACCCAUUCCGCUGUAUUAAUACAGGGUUACGGUAUCCAUGGUGAUGGAGAAACAGCUUAUGUUCCAUUCCCUUUUGAUGAAGCAGAAAUGAAAGAAGAAUUUUCCCGGAAUAACAUGUGUGCUCAUCGAGCUUUGAAAGUGUUGAGGGCGAAAAUGGAUUUGGACCAUUUCUGUGGUUUUGUGAAUAUGUUGAACCCUCAUGUGCAGCGCAUCAAUGGCAGACAUCCCAGCGAAGAACUGGAGGAGAAAGAAGAAUUUGAAUCUCCACCUGGAUCUGAUGCUCAAGGCAGCACAGAAUCAUUUGAGUUGGUAACUGAUGAGCCCAUGGCCGAUGCUGUGCCGAAAAGAAUUGCUGAAGCCUCCCCAACAGAGCAGGACUGGAUUCCUUUGGAGCUGUGCUUUGGAAUCCCACUCUUUGUCUCAGAACUAAAUAGGAGUGUCUGUCAGAAAAUUGCCACACAUCAAUUAUGUGGGAAAGAAAGCCUUCAGAAACUUUUGCAUUCCAGUAGGAAAUUAUCUCUGCAAGUCCUCAGCUUUGUACAGUCAUUCCAGGAAACUGGUGACUCAGAUAGUAGUAUUACAUCUUUAUUUACUGGAUCAUCACCCAUUGAUGUUGGAGUUCCACUUCCAGCUAAGAAUCUGGUCUUCAAAGAUGGUGUUUUGUCUGAGUGGGUUGGAAAGUCUCCAUCAUCUCUACAUAUUGCUAGAUUGCACAAGGACCAAACUAUUUGAACUUAAUUUUGUUCUUAUAAUACUGCUCAUCACAAGCACGACUCAGAAUAGCAUAUGUCUAUUUAUACUGAUCAUUUUCCUUUCUUGCUUUUUGCCCUUCUCUCUUUCUUUGUCUUCCACUCAGUUUCUUCUGUCUCUUUUACCCCUUGCCUUUAGCUUUUCUCUCUCCUCUUUUUUGCCUUUCUCUGACACUGGGUUCCUAAAGGACAGCCAAAUAUAGCACCUUAAUGUUUUAAUUCAAAAAAUAGACUUGUGAUUUCAAUUUUCUGUGAAAAGUGCUGAAUAAGAUGAACCUCUUGGAUAACUUUAAAUAAACUGGUUGUGUGUUUUGGUUUGUAGAAUUACUUAGUAACUUCCCAAUGAAAUAUGACAUUUUUAUUUUAAACAAGGUUGACAGACCCACUCCACCAUAUUAAAUUGAUACAAUGAGAAAAUGAGCUUUAAUAUCCACUCUAACCCUAUGUAUGGUGGCCAUAAUCUUGCUGUCACUGUUUGUCCAUUUUCUACUUUGCUUCCUGUCCUAAGGUUUAGUAACCCAAUUACAAAUUGGUGAGCAGUUAGUUGGUCACUGAUGUUGGCCAUUAUGAGGAUACAAUCCCAUUAAACCUAUGAAGUGGAAGAUUUUUAGGUGUUUAAGCUGCUGAUGGCUAUUUAGGGACAAAUGUAUAUUGGCAUACCUCAAAUCCCAAAUUGAAAUUAAAACGAGUCCAUUGAACUUUUUUUUUUUUUUAAAUUGUGCCUGUCACUGAAGGAUUGGUGUUGAAGUGCAUUUUGAGCACCAGUUUUGAGUGAAUUUUAUGUACAAGCACAGUUUGAGAACAAAGUUGUCAUGGUACUGAAUAUCAGUAUAUUAUCGCAUUCACUGAUGUAUUAUAUGCUGAAAUAUGUAUUAUCUAUCUAUCACGCGCGGGCAUAAAAAUCUAGUUGAAGGGUGAAAAAGUUUUUUUGUUUUUAUUCAAGUUUCAUUGAAAACAGUUAAACUGGCAUGAGAAUCAAUCUACACCACACCAUUAAGCUUUAAUUAUUGAUACAUCUGCCAUAAUCUUGUGAUUUCUGAAAGAUAACAGACUGUAUUUCAGUAUCAAGUAUGCUUGUUCAAUAUAUCAAUUUAACUGUAUUUGUGUCUAUGUAAAACUGGAGAUAUCAGGAAGAAGGUCUGAUUAAGUUAAGUGUACCUUUUUUAUGGUAGAAAUUCUGUCUAAUGCAAGGAUCUAUUUUUGCAUAACAGUAAGUAGUUUUUACUAUUGAUCUGUUCUAACUUUGGCUUCAAUAACAGUUGCAGUGAUUAUUUUGUACUUGUUUUUUCAGGAUUCCACUGCUGAAAUUGAUUUGGGGAGGGAGGGCGAUUCUGAACUUAAGUUUCUGUGUUGAGAUUUAUUCUUUUGUUUUAAUUGAUUAGGAAAUGGCUUGGGGCAGUGAAGUGACCAAUAAAGGUUUUCUUGCAACCUAUAAAACAUGUGCAAAUGACAGGUCUUUUUUUUCUUUUUAAAUCCAUUGCAAAACUGCUUCUGAAUCUGUAAUUUGAGUCAUUUUCAUUUACACAGAAGUAUUUAAGGUACUUGAUAUGUGCAAUUGGAAGAUUUCAUUAUCCAAGUGUCCUUGACUCGUUCACUCUCUAUUGCCCUCAUCAUCUCAGUUACAAUGAUCUGUAACCUAGAUUGUACAUUGCCAUGAGGGUACCUUGGUCUGUUUUGGAAGCAGUGAUGCUGUACAAAUGAUACUGAAGGAUAGUGAAUCAGUUAAGUCACUGUGUAGUCUCUCUACUUGUUGUCUUUUGUAAUCCAUAUACUAUUGAAACUUCAGAAGUAUUCCUUGUCUCAUUUUUCAUUCUGUGGUGCCCUUCGGCCUCAAAGUGCAAUAGAUGUGUGAGUUAUUCUCUUUGCAAAAAGAUGUAUGAAGUGUAAGAUUAAUAACCAUGAAUAUAUGUUAAUAUAGGCAUCAAGUGUAUAUAUUCACUGAUACCUUCAAUGGACCAUAAUGUCAGGCAGUGACCACUUAUCUGUAUCUUACACUGCAUAGUCCAACUGAUUUCCAUCUUGAUUUACGAAAGAAAAGUUGUUACUUCAGUGAGUGAGAUUUGACCUCCUUUAAAAAUUGCAUUUUUUUGGAAUGGUGAGACUGUUGAUUCAUGUUAAAGGAUCUUUGGACAUUUGUUAUACGUAUUAUCUUGGAAGAAUAUAGCCAAUAAAUGUUGACAAGA